AUGUCUGUCUGCGGCCCUUGUCACGAUGCUAUUUGCGACAUCUACCCCAAGGUCGAAGCCAUCUAUCCCGAACGGGAAACUACCGUAACGUACCCUUCAUUUGACCCAGGCGCUGGCGGGAAAUGCUGGAUUUGCAUCAAACACGCUGGCUUCUUGGAGCAUCACUACCCCGCAGUUUAUGAACGAUGGCUCAAGCAUGAACUACUAGUUACUGUUCAAGCUGAUUUCGCUUCUCUCGAGCAAGAGGCACAACCAAGAACUCGUCAUAGCUCUUCCAACGAAACUUUGCCAUUUGACAGUCGUGGUCGCCAAAACAUGGAGGUUCGUCAGCUGAUCAUAUUUCGCAAUCAUGGAGGCGACGAAAAUCGCUUCAGGCGCUCUAUAGAUACAUCGUGUCUGCCACGCGUCUUCCAGCAAGCAAUUGAGGUCACGAGAUCACUUCAGAUCCGUUAUCUGUGGAUAGACUCCCUUUGCAUUAUGCAAGAUAUUGCAUGUGGGGACUGGGAGGCGGAAGCCUUGAAGAUGGGCGACGUAUACGCGAAUUCUUUUCUGAACCUGCCGGCUUCAUACACAGCUGGCGAAGACGAAAACCCAUCAAUCUUCUCCCCCGAGUCCUGGAAUCACGUCCUCCCCUCUGAGCUCGUCCUGGAGAAUGACAAAGAACUACGCAGUAAUCUCUUCAUUGAUGGAGACUUAUGGAACGAUGAGGUCGGCGAGUCACCGUUGAUGGAACGUGGCUGGGUCUUUCAGGAGCGAUUUCUAGCACCACGUGUGCUUCACUUUGGAAUGCGGCAACUGGCUGGGGAGUGCAACGGCGGAGGCGCACUUCAAAUGUUUCCGACUGGCCUACCGCCUCGCUUUGAGGAUAACUACAAAAAGGAUGUAUGUUGGCCCAUCAUGAGACCGAUUAAUACAUUGAGUUCAGAGGAGUUUUGCAGUCGCUGGCAUGACAUCGUUACUGCUUACUCGGCUGGUCACCUGACAUUCAAUACGGAUAAGCUGAUCGCUUUUGCCGGGAUUGCUAAAAUUAUUCAAUCCUUGGGAAGUGAUGAGUAUAUCGCAGGAACAUGGAAGAGCACAAUCAUCGCUGAUCUCGCGUGGUGGGUCUAUAAAGCCAACGGUCGUCUGCCCUCGGGCCAUCAAGCGGCUCAUCGCGCCCCUAGCUGGUCAUGGCUUUCCUCAGACAGGCAGAUAUGUUUUCAUCCCUACCCAUCAGCACACCAUAAACAAGAGUACUUUGUCGCGUCAUGGAAACUCCGGCAAGAGAGGCAGCCGGGGCUUCGGUGCUUAGUGCAAACGGCAUCCUCGAGCUACAAGGGCUUAUUCUCCCCGUCGAUUCCCCCGAGUGGCAUAACAUGGAAGUCAAAUCCUUUAAGAUAG